CAUAGCGUAUUCAAACCGACGUAUACGAUUCGAGGGGUCGUUUCUGCUAUUUUUCAGUUAUUUUCGCCAGACUGUCUGUCCAUAGCAACGAGAAAUCAAGGAAAACUCGAUUUUUCUUCGCUUUAGCUGGGUGUAGCACUUCGAUCAUUACAAUUAAAAUUUUACUAUUAUUCUAAUUUCACUUCGGAGACUCGACUUCGGGACUAUCUAUUGAUUUACUUCUCAGUACAACUUUUGUGGUCGCGAUUGAAAGAAGUGUUUGCUGUUAUUUCUUGGAAAACGUGUGAAAAAUAGUUGUUAGAGUGAAAACAUGAAGAGAUUAGAUUUGAGUGCAACUUCAGUCAUUGGUAUUUGUGCAGUAAUAUUGGCGCUAACAAGUUUCUGUGAAGCUGGAAGUGCCAGAACGGAUCCACCUCUGAAGUGCCAUGUUUGUGAUCCCGAAUCUUGCAAAGAUUGGAACAAAAAAUCCGAACCGAAGGAGUGUACGAUAAAUGACCUGAAUCGUGAUAACAUAGGCCCCAGUAAGCUAUCCAACUUUAGCUACAUUCCUUUCAGUCAAUUGCAUAAGAAAGUACCGGAGUUUUUGUGUCAAAAGAUUGAGGCGUACGAUAUUCGAGGAAUGUAUAUAGUGCGAAAAUGUCAGUUAAAACUACCAGGAAAUGAAUCGUGCGUUAACUUCUACAAGAAUCUGAAUGCAGACCCAGAAAAAACUUAUACGAAUGCCACUUGUCAUUUGUGUGAUAACUUCAAUGGCUGCAACAGCAGCGGUCUUAUUUACAUUUGGGCUCCGCUUUUACUGUCUUCGAUCGUUUUAUGUCUUCUAAUCAAGUGAAACCACCAUUUCAAUUACAUUUUAAUUAUUUUUAUUUUUUAGUUUGCGUCGAUGAACGAGAAAUAUGGAAAAAACACAUAGUUUUUGCUAAACUUUAAAAAUCGUCAAUAUAUUUAUAUAAAACCGCUUCAAAUGUAAUUUUUAUUCUUUACCUUAUCAACAACACUAAACUGUAUGUAAUCGAGUGCCAAACACAUGUAUAACAGACGAAACAUUCAAUAUAAACAGAAAUAGUUUAAUAAAGGUUUUAAUCUCGUUCUAAACGUGACUAUAUAUUGGUUUCAACUGACUCGUGUGACCCAAUUAAAUGAUCUGCCUACGAGAUAUGGC